AUUGCUGGCAUUCUCACGUGUUUGCUUUUGGCCUGGCAGGUGCAGCAGCUGUAGGUUGGCGUUCCCCCCUUGGCUGUAGGAGAACCUUGCCAAGGAGCCCUGGGGCCCUUCUGCUGCCAAGGGCCGGCAGAGAAAGUGGCUGGAGGCUCCCUGCCAUGGACUGCCCCUUUCCUCCCUCUCGGCCCUUCUCCUGAAGUGGGUGAUGGAGAAAUUCCUCCUCCCAGCAGUUCCUCGAUCCCCCCCAGAGAAGGGCCCGCGGCCCAGGGCCACCGAGGGGGAGGAGGCAGACCCUGCCCAGCAAGGCAGCCCAGUGGAGGCAGCCAAGCAAGAGGUGGCCCCCGGGCCCCCCGGGCCAUGGAAGAAAAUCCGGGCAGAGGGGCUCAGCUGUGACUAUGCCACCCUCUACGGCAGAGCCCAGGCGGAUGACAUUUUCCGGCAGCUCGAAGAGGAAGUGGAGUACUUUGAAGGUGAAUUCACCAAGCUGCACAUCUUCGGGAAAUGGCACGACAUCCCAAGGAAGCAGGUGACCUACGGGGAUGCUGGGCUCACCUACACUUACUCCGGCGUCACCUUUUCCCCUAAGCCCUGGACUCCAGUUCUGAAUCGCAUCAGGGACCGUGUCCAGCUGGUCACCGGGCACACCUUCAACUUCGUUUUGAUAAACAGGUACAAAGAUGGGCACGACCACAUCGGAGAGCACAGGGAUGACGAGAGGGAGCUGGUUCCCCGCAGCCCCAUUGCCUCGGUGUCCUUCGGUGCCCGCAGGGAAUUCGUCUUCCGCCACGGAGCUUCUCGGGGCAGAAAAGCCUCCCAACGUAUUGCACCCGUCAAGUUGCAGUUGGAUCACGGCAGUCUGCUAAUGAUGAACUUCCCCACCAACCGCUACUGGUACCACAGCCUGCCCAGCCGCAAGAAAGUGCUGGCACCCAGAAUCAAUCUGACCUUUCGGAAAGUGAGGACCCUUUAGCCCCUGGAGGGGCGGGUGUCUUUCUGCCCUUUCCCUGGGGGGGGGGGCCUUGAAGGACAGCUCCCUUUUCUUGAAACAGGCUGUUUGCACAACCUGAUGCAGCCUCUGGAUCCUCUAACCAAGCCGUAUUUGUGGCUCUGGUUUGCCUCAGAUUCACUCCCUUCCUAAUCAGCCAGUCACACUUUAUCCUGGACAGUUGUGUGAACCUGGCCUGUGGCACAAUGUAACCUGUGAGCCAAGAAAACUGGGUUAACUGAACAAACCAGACUUCGGUUAACUAUGGGGUGGGGGGAAGUGUGCUGCACAAACCUAAUCUCUGGCUCAGCGCAUGUUCAGUCUGCUUGCUGCUUAAGGAGCUGUUCAAGAUCCAUGGCGCUUCUCUAAGCUGUGGAGAGGCAUCCUCACUCAAGGAACGUGUCUCUACACCGAGGUCCCUCCAAAGGGGAUCCUGCAGCUUGGGGCAAAGGAGGGACCUGGUCUUCCCAGGGCCUAUUUGCAACUUGCCCCACUCCUUUCCCUUCGAGCAAACUUGAGCAGAGGUGACUCUGCAAGCAGCAGCAGGCCUGAGGUCCACAAACUGUACUGUUGUGUCUCUUUUUUGCAUACCUUGAAAUAAAUAAAAAGUGACCCUUUGUUUCCUAUGGGAGA